GGCGCGGUGAGUAGCAGAUGUUCUAGGGCCGUGCGUUGCCCUUGCUGAUUUUCUGGCCUAGUUUGAGGCCUGCCUUAGUCUUCUGUCCGACUUUAUCUGUUUCGUUGCAGCCACUGAAGAUCCUGGUGUCGCCAUGGGCCGCCGCCCCGCCCGGUGUUACCGGUAUUGCAAGAACAAGCCGUAUCCAAAAUCUCGCUUCUGCAGAGGUGUCCCUGAUGCCAAGAUUCGCAUCUUUGACCUGGGGCGGAAGAAGGCAAAAGUAGAUGAGUUCCCACUGUGCGGCCACAUGGUGUCCGAUGAGUACGAGCAGCUCUCCUCUGAAGCCCUGGAGGCUGCCCGUAUUUGUGCCAACAAAUACAUGGUGAAAAGCUGUGGCAAAGAUGGUUUUCACAUCCGAGUGCGGCUCCAUCCCUUCCAUGUCAUCCGCAUCAACAAGAUGUUGUCCUGUGCUGGAGCAGACAGGCUGCAAACAGGUAUGCGGGGUGCCUUUGGAAAGCCCCAGGGCACAGUAGCCAGGGUCCACAUUGGCCAAGUCAUCAUGUCCAUCCGUACCAAGCUGCAGAACAAGGAGCAUGUGAUUGAGGCCCUACGCAGGGCCAAGUUCAAGUUCCCUGGCCGCCAGAAGAUCCACAUCUCCAAGAAGUGGGGCUUUACUAAGUUCAAUGCGGAUGAAUUUGAAGACAUGGUGGCUGAAAAGCGGCUUAUCCCAGAUGGCUGUGGGGUCAAAUACAUCCCUAACCGUGGUCCCUUGGACAAAUGGAGGGCUCUGCACUCAUGAGAACCUUAGCACUACCCCUUCCCGUCCUAUUCAUGCCCACCAAUAAAUCCAACUUCGUGUC